UAUUUCCAAGUCCUGGAAUCCGGACUGAUCGUGAUCACGUAUGGAUUAUGCUUUUUUCGCUGUCUUUGUGUUUAUUUUGCCUUAGAGGAAACUUUCUCAGCAAGUGUUCUCAAGGGAACUGCUUUCUAGUGCCACAGACAUGAUUUGCUUGCUAACAUGGGCUGCUUUCCUCUGGACUCUAAAUUCCAUUCCCUGCAGUUUUGGAAUGGCAGUGAAUGAGGGAACAGAUGGCCCAUGUCCAGUCCUAAAUGUAGAGGAUCACAGGUUUUCUGAUGUCUUAGAUCGCCCCCUGGAAAUCAGAGGAUUUGAUCUAACAGAGAAGUUCCUUCUACGAAAGGGGACAGUCUCUGAAGACCUGCCAUCGUUUCGUUUGGGAAGUAGUCCGCUUAUUAAGUCAACAAAGUUAAUAUUUCCAAAUGGGCUUUCAAAUGAAUACUCCCUUGUCACCAUUUUCCGAGUGAGGAGAACCACAAAAAAAGACCGCUGGUAUCUUUGGCAGAUAUUUAACCAAUCAGGAGGCACUCAGGUAUCGGUUGUAAUUGAUGGCGUCAAGAAGGUGGUGGAGUUUUCUUUCCAGAGCCUGCUCAAGAGCACACUCCGUUACACAUUUAAAAGUCGCGAACUACAGAACCUCUUUGACCGGCAGUGGCACAAACUGGGUGUUUCUGUGCAGAGUAACAUAGUUUCCAUAUAUAUGGACUGUAAGCUCAUAGAAAGGAAGCUGACGGAAGAAAAGGACAGCGUUGAAACCAGUGGGCGCACCCUCAUCACCACACGAGUGGAGGAUGGACGGCCAGUAGACAUUGAACUGAAACAAAUUCUAAUCUACUGCGACCCUUAUAUGGCUGAGAUGGAAAAUUGCUGCGAACUAUUGGAGCCAAAGUGUGAAGCCACGGAGACAUUUAAUGGGACUUCCCCUCCCCUGGUUACAGCCCAGCUCCCCCAGAUGCUGUCUCAGCCGGCCUCACAGUCAAUUGACAGAUGUCACUGUCCAACUGAAAAGGGAGAACCUGGACUUCCAGGUGUAGUCGGUUUGCCAGGACAAAAGGGCGAUAAAGGAGAAAAGGGUGAGAUAGGACAGAUUGGCCUUUCAGGAGACCCUGGACAAAAGGGGGAACUUGGAUCAGAAGGGCAAAAGGGAAUCGAUGGGGAGAAGGGUGAUGUGGGUCUGCCUGGAGCUCCGGGGCUGCCUGCUGACAACGAAUGUCUCAAAGGAGCUCAGGGCCCCCAAGGCGCCAAAGGAGAGAAGGGAAUGGCCGGGAUGCCAGGUCAACCAGGCAAAGAGGGCAAAAGGGGACGGAGAGGAAAGCCUGGGGAGCCUGGACCCAGAGGCCUGUCUGGUCCCCUAGGAACAUCUGAAGGAGCAAGUGUCAAGGGCGAAAAGGGUGAGUCCGGAGUCCCGGGAGAGAAAGGAGAGAGAGGAGAAGCUGGUCAGCAAGGUGCCGAGGGGGCCAGCGGGAUGAAAGGACAAAAAGGUGAUGUUGGUCCUCCUGGUCCUCCUGGCCCUGUGAUGACUGCUCAUGGAUUAAGACAGCUCUCUGGAACUGAUGAAAUGAAGACCCAGAAGGGAGAAAAAGGAGAAGAGGGGGAAAAAGGAGCUCAAGGACCCCAAGGCUUCAAGGGAUCUAUAGGGGUUCCAGGACUCAAAGGAGAUCCAGGACUAGAGGGAAGGCAAGGCCUGCCUGGACCCACUGGACUCCCAGGACUCCCGGGUGAGCCAGGCUCGCCAGGGGAGCCAGGGGUGCCUGGGAGAGAUGGCCUAAAAGGAGAAAAGGGAGACUCUGGUGGAGUGAUGGGCCCGCAAGGACCUCAAGGACCUAAGGGCGAGCCUGGAGAGCCUGGAGGCGGAUAUGUGGGUGACGGAUUGUCUAUAUCUAGAGGGUCUCGUGGACCCAAGGGUGAGAGAGGCAUCCCGGGAUUGCCAGGAGACCACGGUGAAAAAGGUGAACCUGGAGAGAGUGUCAAAGGCCCGCCGGGCCCCGUGGGACCCACAGGAAAGCCAGGAAUUGAGGGCCCCCGUGGACCCCCAGGUUCAUCUGGCACUCCUGGAGUUCCUGGAAGAGAGGGUUCCCCUGGUAGACCAGGACCCCCGGGCCCUGCUGGACCCCCGGGUGAACCAACUGCCUUGCCAAUUGUUGGCGACAUGGGUGCAUUACUUAAGAAUGCCUGCAGUUUGUGCCAGACAAGAGUCCCAGGGCUGCCUGGGCAGAAGGGAGAGAAGGGCUCCCCUGGAGCACCAGGAGUAGAAGGCAUGGUGGGAGAAAAGGGGGAUCCAGGUGUGAGAGGUCCUAUGGGUAACCCUGGGAAAGAAGGCCCCAAGGGAGUAAAAGGAGAGCGAGGGUUCCCAGGCCCUACAGGAGAUAAAGGCGAUGAGGGACCCUCUGGGGCGCCAGGUCUUCCUGGUGUGACCGGUCGUACAGGAGCCCCGGGGCUCAUGGGCAGACCAGGUCCAAUGGGACAACUAGGACCAAAAGGAGAAAAAGGAAAUGAAGGCCCCCCGGGCAGACCUGGACUUCCAGGGCCUCCGGGUGUACCCUAUGUGGAGGGCAAUGGGAUGAGUAGCCUCUACAAACUUCAGAGUGGUGGAGCUAUUUUAGGACCCCCUGGAGCUCCUGGUGCGCCGGGCCCCAAAGGAGAUGAUGGACCUGCAGGGGAACCGGGGGCCAUGGGAUUACCAGGGCUUGAAGGGCUUCCUGGUGCCAAGGGUGAUGUUGGUUUACCUGGCCCACCUGGAAUACCAGGUCCGACAGGGAAGCCCGGCACUCGUGGAGAGCCAGGGAUCCCAGGAGAGCCGGGUGAGCGGGGGCCGCCCGGAGAGACAGGAUUCCCAGGACCCGAGGGACCCCAAGGUGCUGCUGGGAGACCUGGAAAAGAUGGAACUUCAGGAUACAAGGGAGAUACAGGUAGACCAGGGGACAGAGGAUCCAAAGGAGAACGUGGUGAUCCAGGGAUUCCAGGAGAAAGAGGUGUUCAGGGAGAGAGAGGACGCGUAGGAGACCCUGGACUGUCCGGACCCAGUGGCCCUCCAGGCCAAAAAGGUGAUCCUGGCCCUCCAGGACAGUUUGACAGCGUACACCUCCUGGGUGAUCCAGGCUUCAUGGAGGAACUGAAACUGUUCAUCAAAAAUGAAGUUUUGAGAGUUUUUGAAGAGAAAGUAUCAAGUGCUGCCAUGCUGCAGAAGACACCUGCAGGCAUUUUAGCUUCACAAGUCCAAGGCCCUCCAGGACCUCCUGGCAGAGACGGAUUACCAGGCCCUCCUGGAGAGCCUGGACCUCCUGGUCCUCAAGGAUACAGGGGUCAGAAAGGAGAACGAGGCCAGCUUGGGCUGGGGUUACCAGGAGAUCUAGGAUCCAUGGGACCACCAGGCCCUCCUGGGAUCUCUUCUCAUGGCCCUCCUGGCUCUCCGGGACCCCGUGGACCUCCUGGGACGUGUGACCCCAGUGACUGUCUUCCUCCUUCUUCAUGAGCUCGGCAGAACGGUCCAGACUGAACACUGUCCAUCACUGACACUCAUGUUGGCAGAUACAGAUACAGUAGAGAGCCCAAGAAGCUGAAUCACAACGUUUCCUCAGCUGCGGUUUGUCAGACAGACUCACAACUGACCUCUUUUGUCCACUUUUACAAUAACAUUUGUAUGCAGUCUGGGCUUUUACUUCUGGGAUUGCUGUUUUGAAUUUUGUUUUGAAUGCAACAAAAAAAAAAGCCUUUGAGUAACAUUUUUUUUUCUUUUUUUGCAAAGCUGUUCUUUCAAGCUAGUUCUUGUUUUCACACCCCCUACUGUGAUGUAAUGCAUUCCUUGUCAGCGCUCAUUAUGUCUUUCAAGACCAUGAAAUGACUUUGUUUCGUUAAGUUCAGUCCCGUCUGAAAACGUGAUCUUAAUUAUUUGUUUGCCUGCUUAAUGGGCAUGCCUAUGCACUCUUCUGUUCUUAUUCAGAUAAGCCAUUGUGCUGGCAGAAGGUACAUCUCAUCUGUAUGUGUGUGAGUGUGUUUGUGUGUGAAACAGAGACAAAGAUUAGCUGAAUGAGUACGCCUGUUUAAUGUGUGGGUGUGAGGAAAUAACUGUUUUGUUUGUUUUUUUUUUUUGUUUUGUUUAUUUUUGAAAACCCUUACGCAACCAAAGUGCAGCAGAUGUGUCUGAUAUGAAAAUUAUUUAUUUAAAGCGUGUUCCUCAAGAAUGUACUUAAAUGAGGGGACUGAUUAUUGUACUAAAUGUAGCAUGAAUAUUAAGAAAUAUUAUCGCUAGAAGGUGGGUUUUUACAUAUCUGGAUAAUUGAGUUUUAUUUAUUUUAUUUUAUCUGAAAUUAACCUUUUAUCACUCAUUUUUACAACAACCUGCAGUGUAAUCAGUGAUGAGGAGGUCUUCCCAUUUUUUAAGUUAAAAUUGCUCAGUCAGCCAUAAUAUACUGUAUCAUCACAGAGCUUUGCCAUAGUUUUUUUUAACACAAAAACUCCUACUUUUAGUGCGAAACUGUUAAAAACACACACAAACACAUUGAGGGCAGAUUUAAAGAAUGUACUUUAAACGUCAUUAAUCUUUAAUAAGUGCGAUGUGACCUCACAUUCAUCUUUACUGUGGGUUUAAUCUGUAAAUAAGUUGAGCGGGUGUGUAUUUUGUUUUUCUUUUUCUUGUCUAAUGGGGCUUGUAAUGGGACCUGACAAUAUAAUUACAUAAGCAAGUUGUCAUCUUAAUGAUGAAUUAAGGUUCUCACUUUUAAUAUCGAUCAUACAUCUCUGCAGAUGUUAUUGAUAGUUUGUGUGUGUGUGAGAAGCUGUUAUUAACAUUUACUGUUUACAUACUGUCGUGUAUGAUGAUUCCUUUGGUUUAUAUGUAUAUUUUUGAUUUUCAGCCACACUAAGGAAAUCGGAGAACUUCACUGCAGCUUUUAUCUUUUUGUCGUGGUACAACUUUAUACUCUUUUAAUGUACUUGAAUUUUCAUGUUUGUUUAACAGAGUCUUGGUUGAUAUCCUGGUUUUUCACUUUCACAACUGACCAGCACUGUGUGUCUCUGUGCAUCUUUGGUUUUUGGGGUCAUCUAAAGACUGGAGUUUAUUUUAUUUAUUUUCUGUUACAAGUUUAAGACUCUUUUUGUGGUUGUCAAUGAUUUUCCAAAGGUUUUGAGUCAAAUCUUCUCGACAGAUGACGUGAUCAUGUCCAGAAAUUCACAUGUUGGAGUGUAUUUGCUCUGAAAAUUCCCUUUUUAAUGGCUCGCUCAAAAUGACAAAAAUUUCCCCAGUCUUUAAGCUUUACUCUGUUUGAAGAUGUUAAGGAAAAUAUCCAAUUUAGUUCAUUCAACAAACCUUAAAUGCAUUAAUCACCAUAAACAAUGAAGGUUUCUAUUGCAGAAACAGAUAAUUGGAUUGUGGUGCAUUUUACUUUCCUCAAGCUUAUGUUUUGAGCGUAACUUAAUGAGAAUUUGACUCAAAGGCUUUAAUUUUACUUUUAAGUGUCAUGCUGUGAUUAAUGUUUGAAAAGUUAUGUGGGUGUAUCUGAAACAUAAAAACUCAUGUCUUUCUGUAUUUCAUCUUUUAAGAUCAGUUUGAUGCUUUUUCUCUUCUUUCAAACUUUCAGUCUAGAAUUAUGGAAAGGCUUCAUACUUCUCUUACACGUGUAAAUUAUAACUCACAUCCUACUCUGAAGUAACAGAGCAUGAUUUUUUUAUAUUUUUCAUAAAAUGUCAGCUUGGUUUUUAUCUCUGGUAAACUUUAUCAGUGUGAGUGGGUUUAAUAUUAGAUGGGUUUUAAAUCACAAGUGUGCCAGCGACUUCAUUUGUGGGUUAAAGGAGCCCCCUGCUGGACAUGUUUCUAUCUCUUUAUGCUUUGUAAUGUGACUGAAAAACAAUUUUUCUUUGGGUUAUAGAAUAGGUGACGUACAAUCUCCUUAUUUUCCCUUGACUUCCCUCUCUUCAAGCUUAAUAAUUUUCAUAUUUGACUUAAUGGCUUCCCCUCAAAGACAAUGAAACCGACCUUGACCGAAUCUAAACGAGACAGCGUCAGCAAACAAACAUGAUCUCAACUGUUAAUUCUGAUGAAAGCUAUUCUCACUUUGUAUGUAAUUAAGUUGGAAUUGAUAUUAAUGUGCGCUGGUUUGUGACUUCAAUUUAGCUAAACGGUGUGAUAACUAACACAAAAUGGCUACUGGUGUCACAGACCACUUCACUGGCAAUUUCCAUCAGGGUUUUAGUUGAAAGAUUUAUUGUGAGAAGAAAAAUGUCACAUUAAAACAAACUAUACUUAAAUUCUUUGUAUGACGCUGUUAUACAUGUAAAAAAUAGUCAUGGCACAUAAAGCAAAUGUAAUCAUGAAGAAGUUAUUUAGAGCAUAUAUUUCAUUAUUGAUUAUUUUUUAACACUCACAGCUGACCCUGCUGUCACAUACAAUCUACUCUUGUAAAUAAGCUUGUAAUAAAGGACAAUACAGCUCAGUCUCUCAGGUGGUCCCUCAGAUGAAAAAUGUCCACCUGCUGCUCUCGCUGUAUCUCCUGCGCUAUUUGUAGGUCAUGUUGUGUAGAGUGAAUUAAAUGUGUGUUUCUGAAAAAGUCUGUUUCGUUGAACAUCUACCUCAGUCUUGGUUUACCACGUCUACAUAAUGAGCUAUUUUGGUGAAAUGUUAACGUACAACACUAACUGUUGCCUUCCGCUCAAAAGCAAUUGAAACUUUCUGUGUUUGUGGGAAAAGGGAUGUGUUUUAGUCCCACGCAUCACAAUCGGUUGGCUAAAGAAGAGGGCCAGUAAUGUCCCUCAAGUGGAGGAUCGUCCACUUUGUUUGUGGUUACCAGAUUUCAGAGGUUCUGUUUUAUUUUACUUUUCUUUUAUUUACACUGACUAACAGUCCCUGCCUUACACGUGUGCAAUAAAUGUUAUCCGUUGCUUUA